CAGCAGCCCCCACCUCCCCAACACUGUCCGAUUCCCAAAGUGAUGGAUAAGGAUCCUUUGCUCCAGCUCCGAGUCUUUGACCUCAAUUGUUGGGCACUUCGGUACUUGAGCAAAUUACGGCAAGAGCGCAUUGCACUGAUCGGAGAUGUCCUCAACCAGGAGGGAUUUGACCUAGCACUCUUGCAGGAGGUGUGGAGUGAAAGAGACUAUUGGGAGCUGAAAAAAAAACUUUCUGCCCGCUACCCGUCUUCCCACUAUUUCAAAAGCGGGGUGAUUGGCAGUGGGCUCUGCAUCUUCUCCAAACACCAGAUCUUGGACACCUUCCUGUACCAGUACUCCGUGAAUGGCUACCCGUACAUGCUUCAGCAUGGGGACUGGUUUUGUGGGAAGUCUGUGGGGCUUGUGGAGCUAAAGAUCCAGGGUAUAGUCUUCAACAUCUAUGUGACACAUCUUCAUGCUGAGUAUUGUCGGGAGAAAGAUGCUUACCUGCCUCAUCGAGUAGUCCAGGCCUGGGAACUUGGCCAGUUUAUACAGCAUACUUCCAAAGGGGCUGACAUUGUGCUGCUUGGUGGAGACCUGAAUAUGCAUCCAGAGGAUGUUGGCAUUAGGCUGUUGCGAGGCUGGGCAGGCCUGCAGGACUCCUUCACUGCUGCAGAGAAGUUUGAGGGCUGUGAGGAUGGCUCUACUCUGGUUCCAGCCAACUGUUUCACAAACCAGAAGGAAUUGCGGUUUUAUCCUCAGGGGAUUCGAAUCGACUACGUUCUUUAUAAGGGUACAUCUCAGUAUGAAAUAAGAUGUGACAGUCAUGCAACUACCACUGGAACAGUUCCUGGCAAGGGCAUCCCUUACUCCGACCAUGAAGCUGUCCUCGCCACACUGACCGUGCAGAAAAUAGGAUCAGACAAAGUCCACAAUCAUCCCACAGUUGAACCUGUGCUGGUAGACAACUUGAAUGAAGCCCGUUUGGAGGUGAGGGUAGGACUGCUUUCAGCAGAGCGUCAGCGGUACUCCUGUGGGCGCAUGGCUGUCCUGGCCCUGCUUCUGCUGCUCAUGCAGGGCGCUAUGGGCCUGAGUUCCAUGUUUGGUGGAACCAUCCAGCCCUUCCCCAAACUCUCCUUCUCUCUGCUUGGCCUUCUGGCAGUGGUCGUGUUGCUGGUCUCGGGCGUGCUCUACCUCUUCCACACCAUUGAGGUGAAGAUCCUCCAAGGGACAGAGGAGCAAAUGCGGGUGGGGCUGCAGUCUCUUCAGGAUAAGUUAAGCUCUGGUUGAUGCUCUUCUUGCUGGAGCCUCCAUAGGGACCAAGAGACCCUUGCUGAAGGUGAACGCCAGUCAGCCCCUCUCUGCUGCCUAGGUUCUCAUGC